GCGAGGGAGGGGAGAAAGGGGCUGCGGUUCUGGCUUUGUGACUUAGCGCCCCCUCGAGCGCUCCAAGGUCCGCUGUGGCUGUAGAAGGGUCCCUGCCUUUAAAUCGCUGAUGACAGCGACGCUCACUUGGCAGUUCUCCGAGACGCUUUUCAUGGAGGUCUGCACCGUUCUUCGCGCCUGCGGCGGGAGAGGAGGUCUGAUUUUACUUCCCUGGGUCUUAGGGUUAGAGAACGAGUUCUUCGAAGUGUGUGCAUCGUUAGAACUAGGUCUGGGAGCGAGUGCAGACUCCGAUUAUGGGCGUCAUCCUCUGGCGUCCAGUAAGUCGAGUCUUUUAUGCAUUGGCAUCAACUAAAGUCAGAAUUCCCAGGAACUUGAACAGAGGCUCCCAGUAAUUGCUGCCGAGAGAUAACUCCAAAGAAGGUGGGAAAGAAUACAGCAGGUAAAGCUCUCCAUGGCUCGUUUUCACCACCAGGUCAUCUUUCUCAGUUCCCAGAAGCAGCUCCGGGGAGAGGAGUUGGCAGUGGAGCAGGUGCUUCCUCUUUCUCAUUCAGAAAACCUAUUUCCUGCUGAGUCUGCAAAUAGGAGACCAGAGACUGGAGAUUCUGGCCUUACCCAUGGAAACUCAGGCUGAUCAUGCAUCUCAGGAACCUCAGUCCCUGCUUGAGAGUGGUCUUCCUUCCUCAAAAGUUCCCACAUUUUCCAACAAGGACAGUCUGGGGGAUGAGAUGCUGGCAGCUGCACUCCUAAAGGCCAAGUCCCAGGAGUUGGUGACAUUUGAGGAUGUGGCUGUGUACUUUAUCCGGAAGGAGUGGAAGCGUUUGGAGCCUGCUCAGAGGGAUCUCUAUAGAGAUGUGAUGCUGGAGAAUUAUGGGAAUGUAUUCUCAUUGGAUGGUGAGACCAGAACUGAGCAUGACCAAGAAAUUUCUGAAGAUACAGAAUCAGAUGGGGUGCUAUUGGGAAGAUUCCAAAAGGAUAUUUCUCAGGGUCUUAAGUUUGAAGAAGCCUAUGAAAAAGAAGUCAGUCUCAAGAGGCAGCUGGGGAACUCUUCUGGAGAAAAACUGCAUAGGAAGAUACAAGAUUUUGGUCAAGUGACAAUUGAGGAAAAGCUAACCCCCAUGAUAGAGAGAAGUGAGAAAUACGAUUUUGGGAACAGCUUCACUGUGAGUUCCAACCUUAUUUCACAUCAGAGACUUUCUGUGGGAGACAGACCCCAUAAGUGUGAUGAAUGUAGCAAGAGCUUUAAUCGAACUUCAGACCUUAUUCAACAUCAGAGAAUUCACACUGGGGAAAAACCCUAUGAAUGUAGUGAAUGUGGGAAGGCUUUCAGCCAGAGCUCACAUCUGAUUCAGCAUCAGAGAAUCCACACUGGAGAGAAACCUUAUGAAUGUAAUGAUUGUGGGAAGACCUUCAGUUGUAGCUCUGCUCUCAUUCUACAUAGAAGGAUCCACACUGGAGAGAAACCUUAUGAAUGUAACGAGUGUGGGAAAACCUUUAGCUGGAGCUCCACCCUUACUCAUCAUCAGAGAAUCCACACUGGAGAGAAACCGUAUGCUUGUAAUGAAUGUGGGAAAGCCUUCAGUAGAAGCUCUACCCUCAUUCAUCACCAGAGAAUCCACACUGGAGAGAAGCCCUAUGAAUGUAAUGAGUGUGGGAAGGCCUUCAGCCAGAGCUCACACCUCUACCAGCACCAGAGAAUCCACACUGGAGAGAAGCCCUAUGAAUGUAUGGAAUGUGGAGGAAAGUUUACCUAUAGUUCAGGCCUUAUUCAGCAUCAAAGAAUUCACACAGGGGAGAAUCCCUAUGAAUGUAAUGAGUGUGGGAAAGCCUUUAGGUAUAGUUCAGCUCUUGUUCGCCAUCAGAGAAUUCACACUGGAGAGAAGCCUUUGAAUGUAAUGGGAAUGAGCAAAAGUUCUCUCAGAGUUACUGCUGAAUUAAAUAUCAGAGAGUCAACUUGAAAGAGAGCCACACACCUCUUUUUCUCACUUCUUCUGCGUCUGAAGACCCCCUGCCUUACUAUAAAAGUAUGAACAACUUAGGAUGUGUCCCUUCUGAUGCAAAUCUUCCACUUUAGAGAAUGGGGAGAAUUGGGCAAAUCAUCCUGGCACAGUAAUUAGCAACCUGGUCAGUUUCCCCAGGAACAAUACCAGCCUUAGAAAAUUAGAGGCAAGCCGCAGAUUAAGUGCUGGAAAUGGAGGGAAGCUCUGGGACCAAUCACCUUCCAUUAUGGAAGGGAGUUUGCACUAGACCGUAUUUCUCAUACCAAGGGAGCCUUUCUUCCCAAGCUGAGGGUGGAAGCACAGUAGGAGUAAAAUUCUAAGGAUUCCUCUAUUGGAGUCAAUAUAGUCAGCACAGAUGGCAGUGGAAAGAAUGUUCUGGGUCCUGUUACUGAGAAAGGGAAAAGGAAUUUCAAAUGCGUUGAAGUAACUACAAGCUGUUAGAAAAAGAAAGGGGAAAGGAUGCUGUACGUGGAAGCCACUGUUCCUAGUCCAGCUUUAAGUUUUGAUAAGGAAAUAGGGUGAUGAGGGAUUUGUUAUUUGAUUGGGGGUGAGGAGUUUCUGAAAGCAUUCUGGCAAUUUUGUUGGAGAACCAAGGACUAACUGGGAAAUAUAACUAAUCAGUAAGUCUAACAUGAGGAAAUGGAUCAAAAGCAUUUAGCAUUAGUCUUUGUUUUCUUUCCUCUUCUCUCCCUCUUCCUCACCACUCCUGUGGUAAAAAGUUAUUUAAUUCAAACCCUAGUGACUAAGGAUGCUUUUAAGGAGCUUGCUCAGCCAGCUUGCCCUGCCCCCUAUGACCUGCCCUCUGUCACAUCUGGCCCAGCAGCCAAACUUCUGACCCCACCUCUGACUUCAACAGCAGAGUAUGAAUGCAAACAAAGAGCAAAGCCCAGAGAAGGAAGGCUCUGGCCUGUGCCUGGUGGCAGGGCUCCUUGCUGGGUUAAGAUGGAGCUCCUGAAUUUACCAGCUGAAGGGAUGACCUCAUGAUGUUUUCCCAAUCCUGCUCAUCCUGUAGCAUAAAUGAAGUGCACUAUUAAACAGAAUAGUUUUUCAGAA